AGUUCUGGUUAGUGUAAGAAUUACCUUUAAGAAAGCCCAGACUAAGAUUUCCAGAUAAACCUUGAAUAUCACAAGGUGAACCCUAGGGCUGGGGUUGGAGUCAGAGGUUAUGGUGAGAGGGUCAAGGUCAGAGAGUUUCACUCCUCUGGGCUCCUCCCAGUUCUUCAAGGCACUGAGGGCCAGGCAGGAAGCAUCGGUUUCCUCAAAGCUGCUUCCCUCUGGGGCAGUCUCAGCCACAAACAACCACCACCAGCCCGCCCCACCCCUCCUUCCCUCGCUAUGAGCUCAGACCAGCAGGACAAAGUGCUUGGGACCAGGACAGAGGCCUGAGAGCAGCCAUGGGCUCUGGAAGAGCCAGCCUCCUGGGGUCCUGGUGGCCCCUACCUCUCCUAUUUCUGCUUGGCAUGGGAAGCAUGGCUGAGGACUCCCCACCCCAGAUCCUAGUCCACCCUCAGGACCAGCUGUUCCAGAGCCCUGGCCCCGCCAAGAUGAGCUGCCGAGCCUCAGGCCAGCCGCCUCCCACCAUCCGCUGGCUGCUGAAUGGGCAGCCCCUGAGCAUGGCACCUCCAGAUGUACACCACCUCCUACCUGAUGGAACCUUACUGCUGCUGCGGCCCCCAGCCCGGGGACGUGCCCACAAUGACCAGGCCCCAUCCACAGACCUGGGUGUCUAUACAUGUGAGGCCAGCAACCAGCUGGGCACAGCUGUCAGCCGAGGGGCUCGCCUGUCUGUGCCUGUCCUUCAGGAGAAUUUUCAGAUCCAACCUCGGGACACAGUGGCCACGGUGGGUGAGCAGGUGAUCCUGGAGUGUGUGCCACCCUGGGGCCACCCAGAGCCCACAGUUUCAUGGUGGAAGGAUGGGAAACCUCUGGCUCUCCAGCCCGGACGGCACAUGGUAUCCAGGGGUUCCUUGCUGAUGGUAAGAGCCGAGAAGAGUGAUGCAGGGACCUAUAUGUGUGUGGCCACCAACAACGCAGGACAACGGGAGAGCCGGGCAGCCAGGGUGUCUGUCCAGGAGCCCCAGGAUUACAAGGAGCCUCUGGAGCUUCUAGCUGUGCGGAUUCAGCUGGAAAACGUGACCCUACUGAAGCCGGACCCUGCAAAGGGCACCAAGCUUGGGCCUACUGUGUGGCUCAGCUGGAAGGUGAGUGGCCCUGCUGCGCCUGCUCAGUCCUACACAGUGCUGUUCAGGGCCCAGACCGCCCCAGGAGGCCAGGGGGCUCCAUGGGCAGAGGCCCUGCUGGCUGGCUGGCAGAGCGCUGAGCUUGGGGGCCUCCAGUGGGGACAAGACUACGAGUUCAAAGUGAGACCAUCCACUGGACGGGCCCGAGGCCCUGACAGCAACGUGCUGCUUCUGAGGCUGCCCGAAAAAGUACCCAGUGCCCCUCCCCAGGAGGUGACCCUAAAACCUGGCAAUGGCAGUGUCCUUGUGAACUGGGUCCCACCACCUGCUGAAAACCAGAAUGGCAUCAUCCGUGGCUACCAGGUGUGGAGCCUGGGAAACACCUCAUUGCCACCAACCAACUGGACUGUGGUGGGCGAGCAGAUGCAGCUGGAGAUUGCCACCCAAACACCAGGUUCCUACUGUGUGCAAGUGGCUGCAUUCACUGGCGCUGGGGCUGGGGAGGCCAGCAGCCCCGUUUGCCUCAUUUUAGAGCAGGUCAUGGAGCGAGCUGCCCGAGAACCCAGUGACCAGGGUCCAUGGAUCCUGGAACAGCUAAGAUCCACCUUGAGGCGUCCAGAGGUCAUUGCCAGUGGGGGUAUUGUGCUCUGGCUACUGCUGCUGGGCACAGCCGUGUGUGUCCACCGCCGGCGCCGAACUGGGGUACACUUGGGCCCAGGUCUAUACAGAUAUACCAGUGAGGACGCCAUCCUAAAACACAGGAUGGAUCACAGUGACUCCCCCUGGCUGGCAGACACUUGGCGGUCCACUUCUGGCUCUCGGGACCUGAGCAGCAGCAGCAGCCUUAGCAGCAGGCUGGGAAUGGACCCCCGGGACCCACUAGAUUGUCGUCGCUCCUUGAUCUCCUGGGAUCCCCGCAGCCCCGGUGUGCCCCUGCUUCCCGACACCAGCACUUUCUAUGGCUCCCUCAUCGCUGAGCUGCCUUCCAGCCCUCCAGCCCGGUCAAGCCCCCAGGCCCCAGCUGUCAGGCAUCUCCCACCCAAGCUGGCCCGGCUCUCCAGCCCCUGGCCCAGUGCAGACAGCCUCUGCAGCCGCAGGGGUCUCUCAUCCCCGCGCUUGUCUGUGGCCCAGGCAGAGGCUUGGAAGGCCAAGAAGAAGCAAGAGCUGCACCAGGCCAAUAGCUCCCCGCUGCUCCGGACCAGCCACCCUGUGGAGCUCUGGGCCUGGGACUUGGGGAACAAAGGCUCCAAGAACCUUUCACAAAGCCCAGGAGCUGUGCCCCGAGCUCUGGUUGCCUGGCGAGCCUUGGGACCGCAGCUUCUCAGCUCCUCCAAUGAGCUGAUUCACCCUCUCCCCACAGCACCCCUCUCUUCUCAUGGACCCCCCACUCAGAAUCAACAAACCCAGUACUCAGUGGAGCUGCCAGCUCCCCCCUCUCUCUCGCUGCCAGCAGCCCCCAUCCCCAUCCUCAUGCCCUCCUGUCCCCCCAGCCCUUCCAGCCCCCAGGCCUCCUCCCUCUCUGGUCCCAGCCCAGCCUCCAGUCACCUGUCCAGCUCUUCACUGUCAUCUCUGGGGGAGGAUCAGGACAGUGUACUGACUCCUGAAGAAGUGGCCCUGUGCCUGGAGCUCAGUGAGGGUGAGGACACACCCAGGAACAGUGUUUCUCCUAUGCCAAGGUCUCCUUCGCCCCCCAUCACCUACGGGUACAUCAGCGUCCCGACAACCUCAGAGCUAGCAGACAUGGGCAGGACUGGAGGAGGGGUGGGGUCUGAGGUGAGGGGCUUCUUGUGCCCACCUCGGCCCUGCAUCACCCCCACCCCCAGCGAGGGCUCCUUGGCCAACGGCUGGGGCUCAGCCUCUGAGGACAACGCCCCCAGCGCCAGAGCCAGCCUCGUCAGCUCCUCUGACGGCUCCUUCCUCGCAGAUGCCCACUUUGCACGGGCCCUGGCAGUGGCUGUGGACAGUCUUGGCUUUGGUCUGGAGCCCAGGGAGGCAGACUGUGUCUUCACAGAUAUCUCAUCACCUCCCUCUCCCCGGGAGGACCUCUUCCUGACCCCCACCCUCUCCCUGCCCCUGUGGGAAUGGAGGUCAGACUGGCUAGAGGACGUGGAGAACAACCGCACCCAGCAGCUGGGAAGGGGGCUGCCUCCCUGGCCCCCCGACCCUCGGAUCUCUUCCCAGAGAGGUCAGCUCAGUUGUCCUGCAUCCAAGGCUGGCAAUUCCUCCUGAGGCAUGUCCCUGACCCCCAAGAAAAGACUCAGAAUCCCUCUCCUGUCAGCCACUGGCCCCAGCCCCGGACUAUGGGUCUUGGCCUGUGAUUCUCCACGGUUGGGUCCACCAUACCAAGCCUCCAGAGUUCCCCCUCUGGGAUCAUAAAGACAAAUGAAACACAAAAUCAGAGCAAAGCAGACCUGGAGCCUCAGGAGCAGAGAAUCAUCUCUACCUGACAUCCUUGCUUUUCCUCUGCUCCAUCCAAUCCCACAACAAGGCUGCUUGGCUUAAGGAGCAGCCCAUCUCCUGAUCUCCCACCCACGCAGAUCAUGAGAAGUGGGGGAGCCAGGGGUCUUUAUAGGAAACAGCGGCAGCUUGUGGGGGGGGGCGUGGAGGAAGGGGCUCCUCAAGCCUCCCCUCAGCCUCACAGGACAAUUCCAUGGAGACCACCCAACUCCCGCCACAGCAUGUAAAGGAUAUACAGCGCAGUGGCCCCUCAGGGCCCACACAAGGCCCAUCCCAGCACCAACGCAAAUGUUCCAGUUGAACCCAAGGAAAGAGGUGCAGAAUGUGGACCAAAACACCCUCCUGACACUGCUGUCACUGUGAGCUUAAGGAAUUGAUACUAUAAAAUGGCAUUGACUUGA